ACCAGAUUGUAUGUUGAGUGUACGGAGCAAGUUCGCUUGACGGUGAGAAGGGAAAAUUCAUGAAAGUGGAUUAACCGGACUGAGAGGGAUGAGUGAAUUCCGAUUGCUAUCGUAAUUUUAAGAUUAAUUUCUUGACUUUUAUUUGACGCUUUCGUGGUGAUUGUGGUGUAGUAUGUGACAAGGGGAAGCAGGGGCUUACAUCUACGGAAGUCCUCUAAUGCACCUCUUCCUGUUUCACACCCCCUUCAUCCUCCCUUCUUCCCCCUCUCCCUCCCCCGUGUACCGUUCCUCUCUUCACGCUGUCUCUCUGUGACCUCUCCAUCAUCCAUCCACCUUCUUCUCUUUUGUUCCAACCUCGUCCCCUGUAACUCCCGUAUCCUGCUGUGCACACUCUCUACCAAUUGUGUGUGUGCCAUCUAUUGUAUGUCUGUGUCUGUGAGAAAUCCGCCACAGCGGCGGCGCUCUCUGGGUCCCGUUUUGCCUAAACGCAUCUACAGAAACCUGUCGGUCAGGCUGAGGGGCGGAGAGUCCUCUUUUUCCGGAGAGACAGACAUGCCGAAACAUCCAUGCAAGGCCACUCACACAUAUCAGAACCUGUGGGAGGCAGUGGAGAAGGAGGACACCCUGGCGGUGCAGAGCCUGCUAUGCAGGGACAGAGUGUGUGGCGGAGGAGGGGGACGGGAUAAAGAGAAGAAAGAGAAGGACUGGGAAAGAGAGAGGGAGAAAGGUGUAAACAGAGUGAGUGAGCAGGGCCUGGUACCUCUGGACGUGGCUGCUCUAACUCAGAACUCCCCUCUGCUGCACGUGUUGACCAAGGCAGGAGCCAGACACAACCCCGUCUUGUGUCUUCCAGCGGAGUGGUUGUGCAAGCUGGAUGCCCUGGUGAUGUUGGCCGACAGGCAGGUGGAGGACAGGAGGGAGGAGCUACUGGGUGGAGCAGGGGCGGGGCCACAUGUGCAGGCCGACAUACAGAGGCAGCUCCACCUCUGGACUCUGCGGCAGCAGCUGUACUGCAGGAUGAGGGAGAGCUUCCACCACACAGACCUCCCUGGCCCACCCAGUAGCGUGUCACUGUUUGUGACCAGUGCCUCUUCCCUGUUUGUGUCCAUUCGAGAGCCAAACGGUAUCGCCACUGGAUUGAUCACCCGCUACAGAGUGGAAUGGAGCACCUCUGCCAACUUCAAGAGUAUACUUGGCUCAGCCCAGGUGAUCGACACUAAGACCCCCAUCCACAGCAUCACAGGACUCACGACAGGAAUGCACUACUUUGUGAGAGUGACCGCCUACAAUGUGAAGGGAUGGGGCCCGGCUCAGAGCUCCAGCCCAGUCAGUGCUGCCCCCUCCAGCUGGAGGGAGUGUAUGGGAGUGAAAACUCCAAGCAGGAACAAGGAGGCUCUAGCCAGGAGACUGUUGGAGCAGACCAGAGAGCCACACUACAAGGGAUACUGUAUAGAGAGCUGCAAGCCCCAGAGCCCCAGUAAGCGCCUGUCUAUGUCUCGCAGCCUGAAGCUGCUCUUCCAGUCUGCCACCAAGUUUGUCCGUCUCCUACAGAGGGGUGUAUACCUGGCAACUGUGUUCUACAGAAAGGAAAACAUCCUGGUCACAGCAGAUGACCAGCUCCCAUUGGUGGAGAUCCAGUGCUGCUCCACCUCCGUCUCUCAGGACUUCCUUUGGUUUGCCAAGUUGUCCUGUGCCUGGCAACAGGUGCCCUGGCUCCAGCAGGCCCUCUCCUCCGCUCUCUCCUCCUCUUCAUCACUACUUCAGAACAGGCACAAUAUCUUGCAGGCUGUAGCACAACUACAGUCCUCUCUGGGGACAGUAGACUUGGGGCAGGUGUACUAUGAGCCUCUGAAGGACAGGCAGGGUAAUGUCCUGCUGGUGACAGUGAAGGAUUGUGCGGCCCACACAAAACCCCCGGACCUCCCUCUCCACUGGGUCCCCCUGGCCUGGCUGGAGAAGAACCGGAGCAGGACCCCUCUACUCCCAGAGCCUACUGCCAUGGACACCCUCACAGAGCAGCUCAAGGAGAAGCUGUCCUUCCACAGACGCAGUGUCCAGUGGGCCCAGCCGGGCCUGUACGUGGGCAUCUUGAAGCUGUGCAGCACAGUGGAGCAGAUCAGGGUUCUAGUGCCCCAGAGGCUGCCCAACCUGCUAUGCCACGCCAGAGUGCGCCACAUUCCCCAUGUGUCCCGCGAUGAAUGGGCGUGGUUACAAAGCCACAACAUGUUAACAGCCAAUGAGGACACAGAGGACGUGGAUGAGACCUCGGUGGACAGCUCUGGGCUGGGGGACUUUGUGAGGUCACUCAGGGCCGCUGUUACUCUCCUGUUGACAAAGCUCAACAUCCCCCUCUACAGGGCGUAUCAGUACGGUGUGUACACUCGGGAGCUGCUGCAGUUUGGGGAUAAGAUGUCCAUGCUGCUCCUGCUCCCCCCCAGUGAAGACUUCAGUUCUAGCUACUGGCCCCUAGUGGGCACCAAGGAGCCAGGCCUCACAAUGCCACUGCAGAUCUUUGAGCUGGUGCACUUCUGGACGUACGAGCAAGACUUCCUGUCUCAGUACUGUCAGGUCUGGGUUCGGUUGGAGCUGGACGCUCAUCUGUCCCAGCAGGCUUUGCGAGAAGCUUUGGACACGAAGGAGGUGCAGGAGGCCAGAGACCGCCUUGGUCACAUCACUCAGCUCUCACAGAGUCUUGAGGUGGUGUGGCGUGAGGCCCGGUGGAUCAUGGAUGUCCUGCAGUGUGUCCGCUCUAAACAGUGGGUGGGGGCGGUGCCUCUGGGCCUGGUCAUGGGAGGAGACCCACCUGCCUGCCCAGACGAUGAGGAGGAUGACAGGCCUACCACCAGAGUCUGGCCCCAGUGCAUACUCCCUCAAAAGAAAAUAUCAGAGAGCAUUACCUGUACUGUUACAGACGUUGGUGUCAGCAGUGGGAUCUCUGAGCCGAUAUGUAUCCCGGGGGUCCAUGAAAAGGCUGUGAGUUUAAUUGAGGGGGCUAGCAAAGGGGGGUACCCUGUGGACCUCAGUGCCCAACAUCCUGUUGUGGUGUUCAACAGCCUGGAUCAGUCAGGAGUUGGAUUCGACAUUGUGGCCCAAUCAGAAGUGGUAUAUCAUAACAUUAUGGCCCAAUCAGAAGUGACAGAUCAUGACAUUGUGAACUUGCCAGCUGCCUACAGUGGAGAACUGGAGUAUCCUCACAGUUUUGUCAGUGAUGUGAUCCCGCCUCUACCAGAGCUGGACAUCAUCUUCCCCACACUGAGUCUGAUAGAUGAAGAGAGGGAGGAGGACCCUGUACCUGGGAGGAUGGAUAUGCUUGACAGUUUAAGUCUUGGAGUCGGUGAAAGCGAGGCUUUCUUUGGACUAAACUCUGACUUGAUGAGGGGACCUAAGGGUUGUUCUCUCUCUGAUGUGCAUCAUGAUACGAACUCACUGACAGCAGGCCUUAGUUUAGGAGACAGAACCUGUGCAGAUACACUGUUCUCAGGUCAUUUAGACAGGCUGGCCACAUCUGCCUCUCUUCCCAUUGUGAGGACCACACCUGCCCAGAGCUGGGAUUUACCUACAGAGGACACUAUGAUACAUGCUGGCAACAGGGGGGGCAGCAUGCCAGCCAGGAGCCAGGUUGAGUGGGAGAACUCCUCUAACCAGGCAUCCUGAUGUAUCCAGAUAUCAUUAGAACUGAAUGUUACACCGAAAUACAUUGUACUUACUCAUCGUGCCUCUCGAAGAAUUUGACAACCAAUUCUCAACUAAUUCUUAAUAUCCUUUCAGUGCCUUUAAGCGAGUUUGGCAAACGGUGGGAUAUUCAUGGUUGUUUUCUCACCACAUUAUCUGACUCUCUGUAGUUGUUCCAGUGGUGAUAUAAAGGGCCUGUCUCCAAGAGACCUGCUAGACAUGUUCUGUGCUUCUGUAUGCGAGAUGUCUCCCUGUUGCAACUUGUAUUAAACUGAAUUGAUUUAUGAUUGUCUAUAUCCACAACUGCUAUUCUCUUUUGUUCAAUGUAAAAUACUCUUUACCGUAUUGUGCUCUAUUAACCCGUUGCACUUUUGUCCUUAUAACACACAACUAGCUAGUUGCAAAGAACAUUGUGGGAAGGAUUGGACCAAGGUGCAGCGUGGAAGGUGUUCAUCAUAUUUAUUAAUGUGAACCAGCAACAAAACAAUAAAGAGUAACAAAACGAAUGUGCAGCUUUGGACUGCAAAAAGGCUACAUUAAAAAAACAAGAUCCCAAACACAACAGGUGGAAAAAAGGCUGCCUAAAUAUUAUCCCCCAAUCAGAGACAACGAUAGACAGCUGCCUCUGAUUGGGAACCAUACUAGGCCAACCUAGAAACGAAAAAUUAGAUUGCCCACCCAAGUCACACCCUGACCUAACCAAAUAGAGAAAUAAAAGGAUCUCUAAGGUCAGGGCGUGACACUAGUCUACAGUAAAAUCAGUUGAAUGGUUUAUCUUUAUGAAAUGACCAAAUCAAAUAUUUUCAGCUGUAUUUGUGUUGUUCCACAUUUUAUUUCUAAGACAAAAGUUAGUCUUUUUUUACAUUUUCCUUUUCAGAAACGUGUGUGUAUUUGAGAAGGUUACACAGGCCAACUGGGUAUUAAGCUGAAGAUAUGUGAGGAUAUCAAUUCAAAAUGCCAAUAUUAAAGGUCCAAUGCAGCCAU